CAGACGUCGGCGGGCGCGCUCACGCUGAGGGGGCGUGUCCGUUGAUCGGGAGAGCGCGACUUGCAGGGCGUUCAGUCAGCUCCGGAGUACGAGUUAAGGUGCAAGUGAUUUCACGAUGCCGAUCCGCCGCUCUGUCAAUUCCUCCAGCCAGGAGGCUGCCCCGAAAAACCGCCCCGCGGAAACGGAGGAGAAGAAGAAAGCAGAGGCCGAUGCCAGCUCCGAGGAGUCAGCAUCCACUGGAGAGGAGCAAGAGACCGAGACGCCCCCUGCAACCUCCAGCGAGACGGAGCAGCCAAAGGAGUCUGAGACCAAUGAAGAUAAGAAGGCUGAGGGGGGCGUGAGCGAGGAGGCCAAAAAAGAUGGUGACAAGGAGCAGUCUAAAGAAAAAGAGAAGAAGGUGAAGAAGACCAUUCCAUCAUGGGCCACACUCUCUGCCAGCCAGUUAGCCCGGGCACAAAAACAGACCCAUAUGGCGUCCUCCUCUCGCCCCAAGAUGGACGAAAUUCUGACUGAAGCCAUCAAGGCCUGUUUCCAGAAGACCGGGGCCUCUGUUGUGGCAAUUCGAAAAUUUAUCAUCGGCAAGUACCCUUCUUUAGAGCUGGAGAAAAGGGGAUACCUGCUGAAGCAGUCUUUAAAGAGAGCACUGCAGAGAGGAAAUAUCCGCCAGGUCAAGGGGAAGGGAGCAUCUGGCAGCUUUGUAGUUGUGUCCAACUCCUCAAAAUCUGCAUCAAAGUCCAGAGACAAGAAGAAGAGCAGCGCUGCGGCUGGGGAUCAACCCAAUGUCAAACUGGAAGACAUCCUGCCGCUGGCGUUCACCAGACUGUGCGAACCCAAGGAAGCGUCUUACAGCCUCAUCAAGAAAUACGUGUCACAAUAUUACCCCAAGCUUAAGGUGGAUGUCAGGCCUCAGCUCCUGAAGAACGCUCUGCAGAGAGCAGUGGAGAAGGGCCAGUUGGAGCAGAUCACUGGAAAAGGAGCUUCUGGCACAUUCCAGGUGAAGCGGGCAGGAGAUAAACCCCUUCUGAGCGGAGGAGGGUUUGAGGAUGCCAUUUUGUCUGCCAUCACAGCCAUGAACGAGCCCAAGACCUGCUCCACCACUGCCAUCAAGAAAUAUGUGCUGGAGAACCACCCAGGGGUGAACUCAAGCUUCCAGGUUCACCUGCUGAAGAGGACCCUGCAGAAGUGCGAGAAGAAUGGCUGGAUGGAGCAGAUCUCUGGGAAAGGCUUCAGCGGCACAUACCAGCUCAGCUUUCCCUAUUACCCCAGUCCCUAUGUGCUGUUCCCAGACAAGGCAUCUGAAGAGGAGGAAGAUGAGGAGGAGGACGAGUCUGACAGUGAAUCCGAAGAGGAGGAGGAGUCUGAAGAAGAAUCUGAGGAUGAGGAGCCUCCUCCAAAGAGGAGGAUGCAGAAGAAGGCAGCUCCUUCUAAAUCCAGGUCCAGAGCUCCUCCACCUAAACCCAAGAAGAGCGCUCCAGCUCCUCGAGGAAAAGCAAAGAGUGCCCCCAAAAAGGCCCCGGUACCACCUCCCCCUAAAGCGAAGAAGGGAAAAGCUCCUUCCCCACCUCCUGUCCUUGCCAAAAAACCAGCCAGCCGGGCCUCAAAGAAGCCAGCACCUGCAAAGAAAGCUGCAAAGCCUGCAGCGAAGGGCAAGUCCAGCCCGAGGAAAUCGCUGAGGUCUAGGAAGUGAGCCAGAGCACAGAAAUGGGGCACCUCCAGACAACAACCAGGGGAAAGAAGCCGUUCCAGUGGUUUAUUUCCAGGAAAAAGCGACUUUUCUAAAGUUGUUUAAAUUUUCUCCUUUACUCCCCACUUCCUGUUUGAUUUCAGAGAUGGUGCAGCAUUCACACAUCUGUUUUUGGUAUAGCAGUAGCCGCUGUGCACCCCCACCCCUUCCCCCUACUCCAGUGUUGUCCUCUAACUGAAACCAGCAAAUGGUCCACUUCAGUUUCCUUUUAUUCCCAGACGGUUUCUUGGUUGUGUAAAUGCUGAAAAUUGGAAUCGAUGUCAUUGUCUAACCAAUUGUUCCAUUAUUUAUGAACGUCGCGUUCCUUUUUCCUGCAGGAAAUCCCAUUUUUUCUUUUUAUUCAGUAGAGAUUGAUGCUGGGAGCCAGUUAAGGAAUCCGUUAGUUGCUCUCCAGAUCAGAAAGCAGAUACACAAUUAUGAUGGUGCUGAUCUAGCUUUGUGUAGGAUGCAGAUAAAUCUUGAGCCCUUCCACCAUCAGAUGAGCCAGUAGCGAGACUGUGAUGGGCCAAGGAUGAGAGGCUCGCCUCGCACCCGUCUUCCGUAUGUCUCUGGUGCAGCAGAGAUCUGGCAUGUUGUCAUUGAGCAAAGCGCGCGCUGUGACCUCCUGCAAAACAUUGCCUGUAACAAGGCUUCCAUCAGACAUGCCCGAUCCAUCGUCCUCACAUUCUGAGCUAUUGGUAUCCGUAGGUCCACACGUCAGUGAAUAGACGUAGCAUGUUGUACAGAAAUCCAACUUUUUUUUUUUUUUUUUUCUUCUUCUUAUUUUUAAACCAAUUGUGUCUUGAUUUUAAUGUUUGCCAUUUUGUAAAGACUUGGGUGAGGAUAGACAAAGUGAACCAAUGGGUAUUCUGCUGUUUGCUACAAUAAAAGACUAGAUUCUGCUAGUAA